UACACGCAGAUUGUUUUUCCUAGAUAUGUCAGCUUACAAAGGACAUCUCUCUCCUCUAAAGAACUUAACCCCCCAAAAUGUCCUUUCCCAGUAGCUCUCCUGCGGCAAACACAUUUUUAGUGGACUCUUUAAUUGGUGCUUGCAGGACGGACAGCUUUUACUCCAACAGCAACAUGUACAUGCCGUCCGGCUCAGAAAUGGGAACUUACGGAAUGCAAACCUGUGGACUCCUGCCGUCUUUCGGCAAAAGAGGGGAGGUCAACCACCAAAAUAUGGGCAUGAAUGUCCACUCGUACAUACCUCAAAUAGAUAACUGGACUGAUCCGAAUAGACCCUGCAGAAUAGAGUCGUCCAGUCAGAUGUCAAACUGUACAUUUUCACAGAGCAUAAAGGAAGAGAGUAACUGCUGCAUGUACUCCGAUAAGAGAGUACAAAAAGUCAGCUCGUCAGAGGUCCCCGCAUAUUCUAACGUUAUCCCAGAGUCCUGUCCAGUCGAUGGUCCUGAGAUCCCGGUUCCGGGGUAUUUCAGACUGAGCCAAACUUAUGCGAAUGGGAAACAUCAGGAAAACUACUGCCAUGAGCCGCCGAGUCCAAACCCAACAUUGAUGCAACUCAGCCGGGUCACCCCGAAACCGCAGUCCUCCUCGGCGCCUUCUAAUUUUGCAGAGGUGGAAAAGAAAACCGAGGACGUCCCGCAAAAACCCGAGACCUCAAGGACACCGGUCCCCGCAGAAAGCCCGGAUCCCAAACCCAGCUCUGGGGAGAAAAACUGCCCUAUGGAAGCCUCUGUGUCCAGUCCUGAGCUGCUACAGAAGGAAGGGAAAGACUGCAAGAGUGACCCGGCGACAAGCAACUGGUUAACUGCAAAAAGUGGGAGAAAGAAAAGAUGUCCCUACACAAAGCACCAGACCUUGGAGUUGGAGAAGGAGUUUCUGUUCAAUAUGUAUCUGACCCGAGAGCGCCGCCUAGAGAUCAGCCGGAGCGUCAACCUGACCGACAGGCAGGUCAAGAUCUGGUUUCAGAACCGCAGGAUGAAACUGAAGAAAAUGAGCAGAGAAAACCGCAUCCGUGAACUGACCUCAAAUCUCACCUUUUCGUGAGCUUGCAUGUGUCUGUGUUUAGCUUUUAUUUUAUUUUUUAAUUUUUUUUAAUUUUUAUUAUUUCCUCCCAUAUUCAGUUUGAUGCUUUAGUGGCAUUGGACGUUUUAUCUUCAAUUUCAACGAAACUGUGACUAUAUAGUACUUUGUGUGGCGUCGUGUGUUUGUCUUAUGUUUAUCACAGGGUAACACUUUUUGGUCUUAAAUUAUUGGAGAAGUAGAUUUCUUCCUUCUGCCAGUAGACAUGGAUAUUCUCUUGUGUCGCGAUUGGCGAGCUGUUCGGAAAGAGUUACUCUAUUUCAGUCAUGAAAGCACAUUUAUUGUGGUGUAGUGCAACAUUUGUUUUACAGUAAGUGCAAGCCAUUUGCUCCAUAGUGAAAUGUUUCUAUGAGCCUUUAAAGUGACGGAAAACAAUGUUAAUCUGUGAAUUUAUUGCAUGUUUGUGGCAUGUAUCUUGCAAUAAA